AUGGAACUGCUACAAUACACAAUGUUGGACUCUUCUACAAGUGAUAUUAGUGUUCACCCUUUCUGCGGCAGCGCUACUUACUAUCCCUGCCCUCUACAUCCUUUUCAAGCUGAUAGCAGCAACGGCAUGCCUUUUCAUGCGAUUGCUUCUCUACCUCGUCCAUCACUUCCCAUGAUGCAACGGAAAACACUUUUGAGAAGAUAUGUCAUUCGACGGCGGACGCAACAAACCAAAGCGACUUGUGGCUGCACUCUCCUGACACUACUUCAAAUACAAGUGAGCAUCGAGUGUUCCCAAUCAACUUCCAUAAUUGCAAAUGAGCACGUUAGCGCCCUUUCAAGAACACGACGAAGUUAUUACGAUCAAGCGACGAUAAUCGCACUUCAACCCUUGCAGCAAAAGACCUAUUUGGCAAAUAAGAGACUACAAAAACGAGCAUUUGGGCAUGCUGUCCAAUCGCACCAUCGCUGUUACCUAGCAGGUAGCUGUACCCAGAAGUUUUGUGACAACGUCAAACCCACCGAUACUCUGGAAGAAAUUUCUUCCAUUGCUAACAAGAGCCCCGGAUAUACCUACUGCACUCCCACCUGUGGAUGUUUGACUUGUGGCGGUUGCCUGCUAUGCGAGGAUAGCUGCAUUUUCUACCAAUUGGGAACUCUCUGUAAGCGCGGACAUCACCCUGAGCUAAAACAAUAUAAUGUCAAAAAGAUUGCAGCUUACUCCGGGGAAUGUCAACUCGUGGAACAACUUGCGACUUACUCUAAUCAGCACCAUCACACCAAAACUACCAAUACUCGGCUCUACGUUCAUGUCAGAUGGAAACAACAUCGCCAUAAUCAAACUCGCUUAACGAGGAGCUCGAAAUUCCGUCGCCUUUUCGCGAGUGAAACAUGCAAAUGCACAAAAGGAUUCCUCAAAAUGUCUUGUAUUUACCCCGAUGGAAACUUGAAGAAACUAAUGGAACCUUCUCCACUCCCUUUAACCAGGAAGAACUUCCUUCUCACACAACACGCAGACACUGUUCUUGCAAACUCAAUGUGGGAUCGUCUCUCCAGCUACAGGUAG